UAUCUACGUGUAUAUGCCUGAGGAAAGAAUAUAAAAAAGGACCCUAACUACUGCCAUUUCACCCAUUCCUUCUCGAAGCUCUGAGGUAAGGACUGUGCUCAAUAUUCAUACUGUAUAUGUGUGAGCUUCAAUGACUAACACUAUGGCUGGUUUUAAUGCUGGUUUUCCCUAUGUGGUUGUAUUUAUCCUACAGUCCUUUUGCUGCCAUGUUUGUGUUCAAGUUCACUGUGGGUCUCCUGGCCCUGAUGCUGGUGUCCUCUGCCUGGGCUGAGGAACUGACUGAGGUGAGUGACACAGGAUACGGAGCUACCAUGCCAUAAGAUCGCUGCUUUGCUAAACUCAAUCAAACAGUUAAUGCAAAUUCAAAGUAACACUGGGACCUACUGGGACCCCAGUAACAGUGGGACCUUAAAAAUACUUCACACAAUAAAUAGUGAGCUCCAAAAGUAUUGGGACAGUGACACAUGUUUUGUUGUUUUGGCUCUGUACUCUAGCACUUUGGAUUUGAAAUGAUACAGUGACUAUGAGGUUAACGUGCAGACUGUCAGCUUUAAUUUUAGGGUAUUUUCAUCCAUAUUGGGUGAACCAUUUAGAAAUUACAGCACCUUUUGUACAUAGUCCCCCCAUUUUAGGGGACCAAACAUGUAUUAUGUGUAUUCACGUAGUAAAAAGUUAAGUAUUUGGUCCCACAUUCCUAGCACGCAAUGACUACAUCAAGUUUGUGACUCUAAAAAUGUGUUGGAUGCAUUUGCUGUUUGUUUUGGUUGUGUUUCAGAUUAUUUUGUGCCCAAUAGAAAUUAAUGGUAAAUAAUGUAUUGUGUCAUUUUGGAGACACUUUUAUUGUAAAUAAGAAUAGAAUAUGUUUCUAAACACUUCUACAUUAAUAUGGAUGCUACCAUGAUUACCGAUAAUCCUGAAUGAAUCGUGAAUAAUUAUGAGUGAGAAAGUUACAGACGCACAAAUAUCAUACCCCCCCAAAAAAUGCUAGACUCCCAUUAUUGUAAUGGUGAGAAGUUAGCAUGUCUAAUUAGCAGGUCAUGGGGGUAUAAUAUGUGUGAUAUGGAUGAACAUACCCUCAAAUAUAAGCUGACAGUCUGCACUUUAACCUCAUAGUGAUUGUAUAAUUUCAAAUCCAAAAUGCUGGAGUACAGAGCCAAAACAACAACAAAUGUCCCAAUACCUUUGGAGCUCAAUGUAUAUUCAUGUAUUGUGUUCUUCAUGAGUUCAUAUACUCUAUAUUAAUUUUAUAUGCAUUCUCCUUUGUCAUUGUUUGUAUUUGACAUUGUCAUCCAAAGUUUGAAGGUGAGAAAAAACUGUUUUGGCACUAUCUCACAUUACCAAGCAUAUAAAUAAUAAAAACAAUGUUUUAGCAGACUUAAUGGAUCCAAUGUUCUUUCUUACAGAGAAUGUUGUGGAAGAAGACACCUCUGCUGAGCUCUCUGUUGGUGAGCUGCUGACCAGAGCCAACAGGGACCUCAGUAAGUUGGUUCAAUGCUCAAGGAAUAAAGAGCGUGCAGAUUAAUUAUUUGGGACUAGCUCCCAGAGUAACCUGUUCUCCAUGUUCUUUACUCAAGCACCCGAGGCCGAUGAGCCUACUCUGAUGGGUGACAUUGCCAUGCCCUCUGAGAAGAAUGCUGACCCCUGCACCGCCACCUGGUGUCUGUGGCAAAAGUACAGUGAUGGAAGAAUCUGGGUACCCUAUGUUAUUGCCAACCACUUCUGUAAGUGUUCACUUUUGUGUACAUUUAAUUUCAUAUGUUGAGAUAUUGUACAAGCGAUACAAUAAUUUCACGACAAUAAUUUGAUUAUCUCUUGUUGUUAAUUUGAUCUCUACAACAGCAUCUCGUGAGAUAGCCAUCAUCCAGCGUGGUCUUGACUCCUUCGCCGAAACUACCUGCAUCCGCUUCUUCCAGCGCCAGAAUGAGAGGGACUAUCUCAGCAUUGAGUCUCGCAGCGGGUGAGCCUGAAUUUAAAUAACAUCAUUAAACAAUUAGAAUAUCACAUCAAUACAUAUGUAAUUUAAUUUCCCUUUGAGGAUCAUAAUCCAUACAAAAAUUGUUUUUCCAAACCUGCACUAUCAGGUGAUCCCCACCACCUUUAUCUCUUAUGAACCCAUUACCCUGAGGUUUCCUAAAACACUUACAAUGAAUUAGAUGAUUAGGGUAGGCCCUAUUUCUGGCCUUGGAUUGGUGCACCUUGACCCUCCUCUGCUCUUCUUCCCAGGUGCUACUCUUAUGUUGGCCGUCAGGGUAAUGCCCAGACUGUGUCUCUGGCCCGUCAGGGCUGCCUGUACCACAGCACCGUCCAGCAUGAGCUCCUCCACGCCCUGGGCUUUAACCACGAGCAGACCCGCAGCGACCGUGACAACCACAUCCAUGUCUACUGGGAGAACAUCAUUGAUGGUUUGAUACCAUGCGUUUAUCCUGUUUCCCUUUAACUGACGUUCACUUUACAUGUUAAGAGAGUGCCUCUAUCUCUAACUGCUCAUUCUAACGAAAGACAAUGGAUUUGUUCAGUUGUAUAUUUUGGGGGCUGCAUAAUACUUGUCAGCAAACCUGCUUUUUGUUUUUCAAGCUGUAGUGUAAUCUAUAGAUCUAUAGUUGUUCAUUUCUAUUUAGUAUUGUAACUGAUCAUUGAUCUUGCUCAUAAAGUAGGGUGCGACACAGCCUCUCAGCUCUAUGAACAUUUUGUCUUUAAUCUGUUUCUCCCAGACAUGAAGUACAACUUCGACAAGAUCGCCACCCUGAACCAAGGAACUCCCUAUGACUACAACUCUGUCAUGCAGUAUGAGAGGUCAGCUAUGUGAUGUCUUUCUAAUAAUUGCAAAUAUUUCUGUAAUGGACCCCUACUAUACGUACAUUUCCAUCCAUUCCUCAGUGCACUUUCAUCCAGGCCAAGAUAUACUGUAGCUUCAGCAGUGACAUUGUUGAGUAGGCCUAAAUUGUGUUGCAUUGUGAUUUGUGUGGUUCCAGGUAUGCCUUCUCCAAGAACAACCGCCCCACCAUGGAGCCCAUCCCCAACAACAAUGUGUCUUUCGGCGAAGCCACUCAGAUGAGCAAGAACGACAUCGACAGGCUGAACAGGCUGUAUGGCUGCUGUGAGUGCUGGCACACUGAACAAUUU